AGGUUAAAGAUGGCCGCGACUGGACAGGCGGUUACUCCGAGUGGAAGGCACUACGCAUUGACACUUUAUCUGGGAUUUUAAUAAACUACAUAUGAUAAUUAUUUUCAUGUUCCAGUAAUAGGUUGCCUCAGCGUUCAAGGUUCUGAUUGUUCAUGAUGGCGACGGGCGGCACACCAUUUGAAGAUGGCACAGAUGAGCAGGAGCUGCACAACUGGAGCAUCUCCAAUGGAAGCUUAGAUGACCGACUCAACAAUAUGGAUCGGGGAGUGCAGCAGAAGAAGGCAAACCGCUCCUCUGAGAAGAACAGGAAGAAGUUCUCUGCUAUGUCAGAGAGCCGGCUAACCAAUGACAUUUCUCCGGAGUCCACGCCUGGAGCAGGACGACAGAGGGCACGCACACCCCAUUCCUUCCCUCAUGUGAAGUACAGCACUCAAAUGUCUGUGCCAGACCAGGCUGAGCUCGACAGACUCCGGCAGGUGAUAAACUUCACAGAUCUAGAUGAGAGAAGUAUUGGCAGUGACUCUCAAGGCCGUGUCACUGCAGCCAACAAUCAGAGACAGCUGUCAACUGAGGCCAAGAAACCAUUCAACUUCCUGCCAAUUCACCUCAACACUAACAAAAGCAAAGAGCCCACUGCAUCCACCUCUUCUACACCUGGGGGCAAGGAACCCAAGAAACAGAGUCCUGGGAAAGAGCUGUUUGCCCCAGUGCCAGCAGUGGUUAAAGAGCCUUUUAGUCUAGACAGUGCCCUACAGUUUGGAUUGGAGGAUGAAAAAGCAGAGCUUAGCAUUGACAGCAGUCAGGUGGUCAGCAAACUGGUGCAAAUUCGUGAAUACAUCGGGAAGGCCACAUCCAUGAGAGACGACCUGGUGGAAAAGAACGAUGUGCCUGCAAAUGUGGAACGUCUCUCUCUCCUUAUCACUCACCUGAAAGAACAGGAGAAGUCUUACCUGCGUUUUCUUCAGAAGAUGUUGGCGAGGGAAAAUGAGGAUGAGGAUGAUGAUGAAGGUGCCACAGUGGACUCUGCGGUGGGUUCAGGCUCAGUGGCCGAGAGCACGUCUCUGAACCUGGAGCCACGCUCUGAAGCCUCCAGUGCCACUGGCCAUGGUGUGUGUGGAGAACAGAAAGAAGAGCUGGAGAACAUGAGAAAGCAGCAUGAUCUACUAAAAAAGAUGCUAGAACAGCAGGAACAACUCAGAGCACUACAAGGCCGUCAGGCGGCACUGCUGGCCAUGCAGCAAAGUGCUGAACAAGCAAUAGCAGUGAUGGAUGACACUGUUGUUACAGAGACUACUGGAAGUGUGUCUGGAAGGAGCAUUACCUCAGAGCUCAAUGAUGAACUCAACGAUCUUAUCCAGCGCUUUCAUAACCAACUGCAUGAUUCUCAGUCUCAGACGGUCCCUGACAACCGACGACAGGCAGAAUGUCUCUCUCUUUCAAGAGAGGUGUGCCGAUCACGCACUACCCAUAAUUCCAGGAGUCAGUUGCCCUCCUCUGCCCCACUAACUACUGCAUCAACAUCCUCCAGCACUAAACACACCAAACUGCUGGAACUACAGGACAAAAAGCAGACCAUGGACAAGAUCCUUCAGGAACUCCACUCCCUUAGAGACCAGACCCUUAACAACAGUUCAUGUCAGAGUGUCAGUCAGCGUGGUACACACAUGGGCAUGUCAGAGCGUCCCUAUGUAUUGGGUAGAGAGGGAAAUGGACCACGUCCAGUGAGGCAGGACUCUUCCUCAUCUUACACGCAUAUAGAUGAUAACCACCCUGCUGAUAAACUCAGGAAACUUAAGGAGGUGCACAAACGUUUGAAUGAACUAAGAGAGCUUGUUCAGUAUUAUGAACAGACAUCAGAUAUGGUGGUGGACACAGUAAAUGAGAAUGUGAAGGAAGAUGAUGAUGAAACAGAGGACGGUUCACUUUUUGAGGCCAUGUUUGAUUCAGAGCAGGAGAACCAUGAACCAGUCACUAACAUCAGGUACAGAGUAGUCACUUCAAUACAAAAAUUUCGGUCUUUGAAUAAAUUUAUUAACCUAAAAUUAAAAACAAGCUGUGCUGACAAAACUAUCAACCUAUUAACUAUUUAUUUUAUUUUCAUUAUCACUUUAGAAUGCCAAUUCAAUCGGGACAGGCCUUGUGAUGGUGUUAAAGAUGAGGGUGAUGAUGAGGCACUGGAGGAAGAUGAUGGGGCAAGAGGAGGCAGAGACUGUGACGGUUCAGGCUCCAGUCGUAGAAGCAGUCUAGGUGGUGACACAGAUUAUGCUCAGAAAGUUCGUCGUCUUCAAACAGCCAAACAGAAACUCCGACAACUCCAAGAACUGGUGGCCAUGGUGCAGAGUGAUGAUACAGAUGGUACUACAGCUAAUGAGGAUGAGGGUUUGCAGGAACAACCCAAUAACACCCGAGCAACAGCUCCCAAAAGCCAGAGAGACAUCGCCCUCUCUGAAAAGACCAGAGAGAAAUUAUAUGAGGAGAAACUCAAGCAGCAGCAGCAGGAACUUAAGCAUCUACAUGAAGAGAGACGGAGACUGAUGGAGAUUCAGGGCAAGAUACAGGACUUACAAUGGGCUUGUCCUGACCUGCAGUCGUCUGUGAGCAGUAGUGUCAGUGGACAGAUGAGGAAGAUUCCUGCAGCAGCCUCUACUCCUGCUCCUGUACCGUUACACUCCUCUUCCUCCGCUAAAGCCAACACAAGUGGCCUCAAACCCACCACUGAACCUCCUCCAGUUACUGUCACUGACAAUGAGCUGUGGUCGGAGAUGCGAAGGCAUCAGAUGUUGCGUGAGGAGUUGAGACAGAGGCGGAAGCAUUUGGAGAGUCUGAUGGCAGAACAGCAGAGGAGAAGCACACUCAACGAUUCUUCAUUCAGGAGUGACACACAUGAGACCCAGUCCUACAGCCGUGAUGAAAGAACCGUGGCCACCUGGGGUGGUUCGACACAGUGUCCCCUUGGUGAUGAUGAUGAUUACUCCUCUGAGGUGGGGGCUGAGGAAGAUGACGAUGAUGAACAUGAUGAGGGAGAGGAGUCCAGUUCCACCGAUGAGCUGCAUGCUUGCUCCAUUCAAAAACAACGCAACUACAGCAGGAAUAACAGAGAUGGUCUGAAAGUUCACAGGGAAAUUAAUGGGAGUCCUUCCCCCCGUGGAUCAAGGGGUCGCCCUCAUCAGCAGCCGCAAACUGAAAGAGGUAGUUCCAGUAGAGCCAAGCGGCAAGAGAACCUGCGAUGGGCGGCUGAUCUGUCUCUCUCUGAGGACGCUGCACCAACACACUGGCAGGAACAGAUCACACACCUCCAGAAACAGCUCAACUUCAGCACUACCAUGUGCCAAACCUUGCUACAGGAUCAACAGACUCUUUCAUACAUGCUGCAGGCUCUACUCACAGACCCCUAUGGUGUUGUAUCCAAUAAUGGGACCUCUCAAAUCCCUCUUAUCAUGCACCAACUAAACCAGUGUUACACACAGCUGGCUUGGCAGCAGAACAAUGUCAAUCGGUUGAAACAGGUUCUGAAUGAUCUGUUACGGCAGCAGCAGAGUCAGUCAUUGUCAGGACAACAGCAACAUCAAAAUUUUGGCCAUGAUUCUGCAUCAUCUUCUCUGUUCGUAAACUAUCCUCCUGUGAAUACACUCAAUAUGCCUGGACUCCCAAACUUCUCCAGUUUCCCAAAUGGCUUUAAUUUCAGUCCCAUAUUUCCCUCUUCAGUAGGAGAUUUUCAGCAGAACCAGGCCAGUUCAGAUAAACGGCAUGAUCCAAACAUAUCCCUCAAAACGGAAUACAUGAGUUUCCCCCCUCCACUACAGAGAUCUCCAUUGAAUAAUGCAAAGAAACGGUUUCAGUCUCAACCUGACAAUGUGCCCGAUGCUAACAACUCUAGCUGGUUAAACUCCUCUCUGAAUCGCUCUGGUCAGAGAACCACCCUCACCUCUGACCAUCAAAGUCAAAUAGAGCAGAACUCCCCUUCCUCCUCUCCUGUCCCUCACCCUUCCACUUCCCGGGAUCUUUCUUACAUACCUGACUCCCAGGAGUCUAUAAGCAGCCUUCCAGACAGGGCAGAUCCAACCAUUGUCACCAAGACUUUCAGAGCAGGACGUAAGGCUGCAGCACAGGCCAGCCUGGCUUCUAGAGACAAGACCCCCAACACAAAGAGCCGCCGCAGGAGAGGCAGGGGACAAAAGGUCACAGCAUCUGUGGACAGUGACAGUGCUUCGAGUGACUCUCACUUUGAUCAGGACAGAGAGCGCUCCUCUCAGGUCAGACACAAAGAUCUCAACCAGGGUCUGCUAGACAAACUCACACAGGAAAAAUUGGACAGCAAGACCAAGAACAGCAAGCCAAAUGACCUAUCAUCUGCAUAUGCUUGGAGAACACCUUUUCUCUCUAACAGAAUUGCAUGCACUGAAGUCCCAGAUGUGAGCAGUGAUUUCUCUCUGUUUGAGGCCCUGAGAGAGACGAUCUACUCUGAGGUAGCAACGCUGAUCUCUCAGAAUGAGUCUCGCCCUCACUUCCUCAUCGAACUUUUCCAUGAGCUUCAGCUGCUCAAUACAGACUACCUUCGCCAGAGGGCCCUCUACUCACUACAGGAUAUUGUAACGAGGCACCUGACUGAGAAGAGCGUGGCAGAUGAGCAGGCAUCUUCUUUGGGUCCAACUGUAUGGGCCACAGGCUCCCAGUCAGAGCUCACACCUAGUGAGAGCUUGGUUACCAGCGACAAUGAUACAUCUGAGAAGAUUGUAACAGUUAAGUCCAACUCUGUAUUAAAGAGGGUAGCAGAUAGAGACUCGAUGGACAACGAGAGCCUGCUGUCCACCUCUUCCAACCUUGAACCCUUUGCUAGUGAUGACCUGGGUAACACAGUAAUUCAUUUAGAUAAGGCAUUGGCCAGGAUGAGGGAGUAUGAGCGCAUGAAGCUGAGGGCUGAGUGUAGCGCAGAUAACCCUGAGCACAGCCCUGGUGCUGCUGCUGGUGCCGCCUCAGCACUCACUCAAGGUGCAGGACAUUCAUCUACAGAUGCACAUUGUCCUCAGAUUGACACACAACAGCUUGACAGACAGAUCAAAGCUAUCAUGACAGAAGUUAUUCCUUUCCUAAAGGAGCAUGUUGGGGAGGUGUGUUCACACCAGCUGCUCACAUCUGUGAGACGCAUGGUGCUCAAACUCACUCGGCAAAAUGACGAAAGCAAAGAGUUUGUUCGGUUCUUCCACCGACAGCUGGGCGGCAUCCUGCAGGACUCCUUGAGUAAGUUUGUUGGGCGGACGCUGCAAGACUGCGGUGAGGACCUGCUAGUAGAGAUCUCUGAGAUCCUCUUUAAUGAGCUUGCCUUCUUCAGACUGAUGCAGGAUUUAGAUCAGAACACCUCCAAAAGCAAACACCGAACCAAGAGGCGCUCUGAUCUAACAUCUCCAAAACACUCACCUCACACUGAGGAGGCGAGAACUCUAGAGAGAGAAAAUACAUUCUCCCCAUCAUAUUUUGAUGAAGACAGAGAUCAUGAUCAGGAUGAGACUGAGCAGGGUGGGAUGAGGGAAGAGGACAAGGAGAAAGAUGCACAGAGCAGUGAAGCAUCUGAGGUGGAAGAAGAGGAGGGAGAAGGGCUGCCUCUUUCUAUAAGUCUGUCUAAAGCAGAGACACAGGCUCUAUGCAACUACGGCAGUGGAGAAGAUGAAAAUGAAGUGGAGGAGAUGGAGGAGUUUGAGGCUGGACCUGUUGAGGUGCAAACAUCAUUACAAGCCAGCAUGGACAACACUAGUGAACACAGCCAGGGCUCUGCCUUACGAAACGAAGCCCCCCAGGAAACCAAAUCAGACAUAGAAAACUCAGAAAGCAGCCAAUUGAUAAACAUUAAAUCUGAGUCCAAAGACAUGUUUCAGCCUCCAGAGGAGGGCAGAGAGGAGGCAAAAACUGGUUCGGGAGAUGAAAGACGGGAGGAGGAGGAGGAGGACUGUACUGUUUCUCCAGCCCAGGAAACUCCACAGAGCUCAGAUACAGCCAGUCCUGACACAGAGUCUCCAGUCAUGAUCAACACUGAUGAGGCUGGAUCUGGAAAUACCAGCCAGAGAUCAGAUGAGGAAGAUUUUGUGAAGGUUGAGGAUCUUCCUCUUCAAAUGUCUGUUCUUUGUGAGGAAGAGCUUUGUAAGAGGAUCUCAGAAGAGCAGCAGAAUAAUAACUUAACAGCUGAAAUUCUGAAUGGAAAUAAAGAAGAGAUUACAGGAUUGGUGGGAAAUGCUCAAGCACUCAAAGAGCCUGAAACCAUUGGAGCUCAGAGUGCAUGAUAAUGGUAUUUUGAUCCAUCUUACACUGCAAAUCAUCAUUCAUGCAACAUUACUGUAUAAUGAGCUCAAUACCUUAAGAUUCCUUGGAAACAACAGCUAAGUCUUGGUGAAUUAGCCUGUCAGCAUGUGUGAUCUAACAGUUCAAGAGACGUUAAAGAAGUCUCUCUACACUUGUAAUCGUUUUAUUUGGAUUGUUUUAUGAAGAAUGUAGGAGAGAUGUUUUGAAGGGGCUCUGUCUUUAAGCCUGCAAGUACUUUUUCUGUGUUUCUUUGUUCAGCCAGAACUCUCAGUAAACGCUCCUUCAAAUGCUUCGGUUUAAGAGAUGCAAAUCAUUUUUGUGUUCCUAUGUUUGGCAUGGUUUGGCUUUUGUAUUUGCAUUUCUUUCUAGGAUUCCUUCCCAGACCGCUAUGAUUAUUUGCCAAUGCAAUACAUAAAGGACAAGAGAUGUUUUUUUUUUUUUUGAUUCAGGACAAAACUUAAGCACAUUUUGAAAAAAAACAAAACAAAAUCCCUAUUUAAAUUUAUUUUACUUGACCCAGAAUACAUAAUGAAAUGUGUAAUGGAUAGAGCAGAAUCGCAUAUUAGCACUGGUACAUUGUCCUGUCCUUUCUUAUUGCUCUUUUAAAUGUUUUCUCUUGCUUUUAAUUUUUGCUUUUUUAAGGCAUGUUGGCCAAUGCUUGGGUUCUCACCCCAUUUCAUCUCAUGUAAUUCGCCAAUGUUUAGAUUAUUAAAAUAAAACAUUGAUUUUUACCACUUCCUGCAGUGAUUGCUCUCUUUAUCCCAUUUGCACAAAACCUGCUUUGGUAAGUGUUUAUUUUGCAAACUGUUGACUGAUUUCCACAAGUAUUGUAUCUCCAUGAUUUAUUGAUGUUAUUUGUGCAAAUUUGUUUAUUGCUUUAUGUACAUUCAUUUCUUUCGGUUGAUAAUUUUUCCCUCAUGCAUUUGUUAGUUAACAGCGCUGAUGAGGUUAAAUAAAGUUAUGAGGCACCAGUAGUGUUGAUUAUCAAGUUGUUCCACUGUGCAUAUUUCUGUAUGUUA